UCAGCCUAUUUUUUGUGGCCACUGAGCUUCUGUUCGAGGCACCAGUUGUAACUCGCGGGGCCGCUCAACUUUACAGCCUUCCACUGCUUCCCAGCCUAGCCUGCCGACCGGUCGGUGGUCUACUCCUCCACGAUGACCUCCACGGUGGCCGACUCCAGUCCCAGACCCACUGGCACCUACACCUUCUCCAGCCGGCCCCGAGCCCUGAACUGCCAGCGCCGCCGCUACCGGGAGUGCUUCGGGGCAGAUGAAGAACCUAUUCACUAUGGAAACAUUAUGUAUGACAGAAGGGUUAUACGAGGCAACACUUAUGCUCUACAUUCCUAUCCACCGUCUACUCAACCCGAUCCCGUUGAGCUCCAAAGGCAGCAGGAGGCCAAAAGGAAAGCUCUUGCUAGAAGACGAGCUAGAGAACAUCUUCGACCAAGAAGUCCUGAACCUGUAGAAGGCAGAAAGCAUGUUGAUGUACAGACAGAGUUAUAUUUAGAAGAACUUGCUGACCGCAUAAUAGAAGUUGAUAUGGAAUGUCAAACUGAUGCAUUUUUGGACCGACCGCCAACACCACUUUUUGUCCCAGCUAAAACUGGCAAAGAUGUAUCCACACAAAUAUUAGAAGGCGAGCUGUUUGACUUUGACAUUGAAGUCAAACCAAUGUUAGAAGUUUUGGUGGGAAAGACCAUUGAACAAUCUUUGCUUGAAGUCAUGGAAGAAGAAGAAUUGGCUGAAUUACAAAAGCAACAACAACAAUUUGAAGAACUACGGAAUCUGGAACUUGCAGAAGUACAGCGACUUGAGGAACAAGAGAGGCGCCACCAGCAAGAAAAGGAACGCCGCAGAGAGCAACAGCUACAACAAUUACAGAAACAGAAUGAGACUGCACAGAAAAUUGCAGCUCGGGCGUAUGCUCAGAUUUACCUGGCUGACCUCCUUCCAUCUGUCUUUGGUAGUCUCAGGGAUAAUGGUUACUUUUAUGAUCCUAUAGAAAGAGAUAUUGAGAUUGGAUUUGUACCUUGGCUGAUGCAUGAAGUGGAUAAAACAAUAGAAUACAACAUGGUGGGAAGAGUAGUACUUGACAUGUUGAUUCGUGAGGUGGUUGAAAAUAGGUUGAAUAUGUUUGAACAGCUAGCAGUUAAAGAGGCAAAGACUUCAUCUGAUAACAGAGAUGAAGACCACGGAGAAUCAUUUACAGUAGGAUCUGAACAAUACCCAGAGGAACAAGAAUCACUGCAAACAAGGAGUUUCCCAGAAGUCCCGCCACCUGUAGAAAGGGAUACCUUCCAGAUGCCAUUUGGAGAAAAUAUAGAUAACCUGGAUAUGGGACCUGAAAUGAAAUUUCUACCUGAAGAGCCAUGAAACCAAGUGACAGCCAGCCCAUCAAAUAAUCAGGAGACCUUCAUUCAAGAAGAUCAUUUGUCAUGCUUUAGGAGAAGAAGAUAUUUUACAACAGUUUUCUGGACUCAGCUACUCAUUGUGAAAAUUGUCUUGGGUGGGGGGAAGGGUAAGAAAAAAGUAAAUAUUUAUAUUUUGUGGUUGGUGAAUCAGUCAGUUACCAUGCUCUCUUCAUUUAAAGUCCAUUUUAACAUUAUGAUUUUCAUAUCUAAAUGAGAAAAACCACAGUAUGCCUUUUACUUAUUCCAAAAUUAA